AUGGGGAAUUUCUCUGCUUUCUCGCAGCUUUACACUACGACUACCGGGGCAACAGCUCGACCCCAAUGCAUGACAGAGGAUAAUGUAGCCCAUUCAACUCACCCGACAAGUUCGACGUCUUAUGUGGCAGGAAAAUUCCGGUAUAGCGCAUCCGAUACCGGGAGGUAUGCCACGUCGGUACCCUCGUUUACAUCCUCUACUACCUAUGCUGCGCCCUCAGACUCCUUGACCACUUUGUUGCCAUCUCUCACAUAUACCACCUGGGGUAAAUGGGAACCUAGUGCGAGCUUGAACGCCUCCGACACCUCGAACAAGUACGGUCAAGCCGCUUGGAAGACCCAAUGGAAAGAAGCUCGUCCUGUCGAUUUCAACCAGACUAGCGUGUAUAGCAGUACUGUAUCCCCUACAUCGAUUCCCAGUAGCGAGUUAGUGCUUCCACCUCGCGACUAUUUUGGACCCUCUGAUUGUUAUCAAUUCCCUAAUGACUUCGUGUUCGGAGUUGCUCCAUCUGCUAGCCAGAUCGAGGGGACUGCUGCAGACGAUGGGAAGGCUCCUUCAAUCAUGGAACCAUUGUCGCAUUAUUACUAUUACAAGCAAGAUAUUGAACGGGUGGCUGCCAUGGGUGUGAAGCACUUUUCGUUCACUAUUGCCUGGGCUCGCAUUCCCCCCUUUGCCAUGCCCGGAACACCCGUGAACCAAAAGGCUAUUGAUCAUUAUGAUGUGGUUAACUUCAUCAUUGAAAAGAGGAUGGUGCCAGUGAUCACCCUCACUCAUUUCGAUCUUCCGUUGCAACUUUUUGACGACCCUCAAGCUCUUGGCAAAGGUCUUUCAAAGACAGGACUUCAAGGCCUUGGCUAUCUGACAGCGGGAUACUCAAAUGAUACUUUCAGUGAUGCCUUUGUCAACUACGCGAAAAUAGUCCUCUCGCACUAUGCCGAUCGUGUUCCGACGUGGUUUACCUUUUGCCAGCCCCCAGAGAUUGGCAACACCACUAAAGCAGUCUAUAACAUUCUUAAAGCACAUGCUGAUGUCUAUCAUUGCGAAGCCGAUAUUUUUGCGGCGGAUUAUUACAAGUCCGUUCAAUUAGGCUCAUAUCUUAACCCGAUGGUUCUUGGACAGCAAUAUCCGGAGUUGUUCAAGAAUUUCACCGGAGACAGCUAUAAUCCCCUCACUGCUGAGGACAUCAACCACUCCAAGGGUACAAUAGAUUUCCUUGGACUGGAUGUUUACAGUCCUUUAGUUGUGACCCCUCCAGUUUCGGGCAACACCAGCAAUAUUCAAGACUGUCUUCAAAGUACCUCUGCAGCCCUCCAGCCGUGGUGCUCGUAUGUCUACACGACUACAACCUUCAUUCGCGAGCAUAUAAAUUACGUUUACCAGACUUGGCCCGUCCCGAUAGCCAUCACCGAGUUUGGAUUUCCUGUGUAUCAUGAAUCUUCCAAAGAGCUUUCUGAUCAGCUUUUCAAUUCGCCUCGCGGCCAAUAUUACCUAGCAUACAUGUCCGAAGUUCUGAAGGCCACCCACGAGGACCACGUCCCAGUUAAAGGGGUAUAUGCGUAG